AGAAAACAGAGGAGGAGGAUCCCAUGAUCUAUUGUUAUCGGAGUUGGUACCCGAAAUUGCUACAGCAGAAUCUCUGGCUGUCUCUGCCAAAUAGAGCAAGCCCCAAACAAUCCAAAAAACAAAAGAAGGGAGAAAACCCAUAUGGAUUGAGUUCUGCUCAUCUUCUGAGUCUUUGAAGCCGCCCGCCCCCCGCCCCCCCCCAAAAAUAAAAGAAAAGAACAGAACAGACAGAACCAAAGAGUAGGUGGAGAGUGAGGGAGGGAGUGAGAUCAAAUGGGCAUUCUUUAUGAUUAUGAGGAUGUGGUGCUCAUCAGGCAAGCUGAGAAGCCGGGUGACCCCACUGAGAUUACUGUCAAUUGCCCGGACAAGAUUGGCCUGGGCUGUGAUUUGUGUAGAAUUAUAUUGCGCUUUGGGUUGAGCAUUUCCAGAGGAGAUUCUUCAACUGAUGGGAAAUGGUGCUACAUAUUAUUCUGGGUGGUGGGAAAACCAAAUACAAGGUGGAAUCUGUUGCAUAGGAGACUAUUGGAGGUGUGUCCUUCGUGUUCCUCCGCUUCAGGGAUUAGCUUUUACAAGCCAGAAUUUCAGCAACAGCCAAAGCCUCCGGAUGUGUUCCUCUUGAAGUUCUGGUGUUACUAUGACUGGAAAGGUCUACUACAUGAUAUAACCGAGGCUCUUUGUGAGCUAGAGCUUACAAUAAAGAGAGUGAAGGUAUCCACUGCCCCAGAUGGGAGAGUGAUGGAUCUCUUUUUCGUCACGGACACCAGAAAUGAACUUCAUACUCAGGAGAGACGGGAUGAAGCAAUCUAUCAUUUGAAAGAUGUGUUAGGGGAUGCCAUGAUAAGCUGUGAGAUUGAGUUGGCUGGCCCAGAAGUUACUGGAUGUUCACAGGGUUCUUCAUUUCUUCCUCCUGCAAUCACAGAAGAAAUCUUCAGUUUAGAAUUGCCCGAUGGACACCAAAAUGGAUCUCCUGCCUCAAACACCUUAAUUGUUACAAUGGACAAUUCCCUCAGCCCGUCUCACACACAUGUUCAUAUCAUUUGUCAGGAUCAAAAAGGUCGCAUUUAUGAUAUCAUGAGAACCCUAAAGGAUUACAACAUCCAGACCUCUUAUGGGCGAUUCUUUGCAAACGCAAAGGGAAUCUUUGAAGCAGACUUACUCGUGAUGCAAGCCGAUGGUAAGAAACUGGUUGACCCAAAUAAGCAAAAUGCCCUGUCCUCUCGCCUCAAAAUGGAGCUUUUCUGUCCCCUUAGAGUGGCUGUGGAGAGCAGGGGGCCUGAUACUGAGCUGCUGGUCGCAAACCCUGUUGAGCUGUGUGGCAGGGGCCGGCCUCUUGUUUUCUAUGAUAUUACUCUUGCCCUAAAGAUUCUCAAGAUACAAAUAUUUUCGGUGGAGAUAGGGAGACACAUGAUCCAGGAUCGGGAGUGGGAAGUAUAUAGAAUCCUACUGGAUGAAGAGGAAGGUUCUUGUGUGUCAAGGAACAAGAUUGAGGAGGGUGUUAGAAAGAAGUUGAUGGGUUGGUACUAGAAUCCAGUGUUGGAUUACCGCAUUAGUUUUUGCUUCUUUUUAUCACUGUACAGCUUACUUGUCUCAGCACGCCUAAUGUAGAUAUUACAAGUAAAUCCUGAGGUGGGUUUGUGAAAUGGCAAGCUGUUUUAUUCCACCUCCAUCUUCACUCCCCUUCACUCUUAUGGAUCUCCGCUGGGUUAUUCCCUUCUUGCUGUGAAUUGCAUAGAGAUCUUGGAAUAUUCUCAUAUUCCUUUCUCAUAUUCCUCUCAUUUGCUUUCGUAAGUGGGGCCGAAUUCUGUUGUUGCUUGGACGGCAUUUGCUUAGAUCUCAUGAGCUCUACGGAAUACGCCUGCUUGGCCUAUUUGAAUUAGUCCAUCCAUGCUUACCCAUCAGCCUAUCUUUCUGUGGUGUGAGCCCUGUUCUGAAGGCAGUGUUUUAGGGGCUGGUGGUCUCAGUUUAGGCUUUGCUGUCCACUUAUGAACAUUCUCCCAAGUGAUCCAGAAAGAUGGAUUCGCGUCCAUUUUUUUUCUUGUUUCGAAUAAAUAUCUAAUGGAGGUCAAUGUUGAAUAAUUUAAUACUUUUGCUUAACUCAUAUCUAAGCAACAUUGAAUGUAAUAAGAAUUAGUUGUUUUGUGUAA